UCGACACUGACACGGGUUCCAGAACCUGGUCCCUUUGUCAUGGGAUAGAUUGAAGGGCGGUUGACAGGGCCGCUUGGGCUCUUAGGGCAGGUCCACAGACGUCAUGGCGUGCGUCAGUCAUCGCUGUCAACAAUAUAUAAGUCUAAACCUCACUUUACCAUCUCCAUCAAGACCAUCAACAACUUGAAGAAGCACUCAACCCCCUCCAAACACUUCUACACAUUGAACCUUUCAUCUUAAGUCAUACACAAACAAACUGCCCAACAAUAAAGAUGGAUACCGUCAACAAAGCCCUCGGCCGCGAAAGCCAGCCCAAGCCCCAACAACACACUGAAGAGCAACAACGCCACAUCUACAACAACCUCCCGGCCGAGGACCGUCAGAAACAGACUUACGCCGAAUGGGUGCAGGAAGUCUACAAUGAUCAGUACGAGAAAUGGAUGCCAUGGCUUGAAGACCAGUACCUGAAAUGGUUCGGCAAGGGCGACAACAAGGCCUCCUAUGUCACGAAAGAUAACCUGAACAAAACCAAGGUCACAGGCGUGAAGCAGGUCGACCAAAUCCAGGACGACGUGCACAAUCUGGUGGGCAAUCAACUGGGCGAGAACGGGCUGCUGUCACCGGUGGGCAACGCGGCCUCGAAGGACGGCAUCAACCGGGCGGAGCGGAAUGGCAAGGAUGAGAAUGGGUCGUACGGCGGUCCGCUUGGGGGCGUCACGGAUCCGAUCGUCGAGGGUUCCAAGAGCGCAGGCCAGGGUUUGUACUCUGGCGUCCAGUCGGUCGGCUCGUCGAUUGCUGGAGGCACCAAGAGUGCUGCUGGUGCGAUUCCGGGUGUUCAGCGGUGAGGUGGACCGUCUGGCCGAUUAAACUGCACGGGGCACGGGCUGGUCCUUUUAUGAGUAAUGAGUUUAUGAGAAUGCUAUUAUAUUUGUAUUGAUAUGUCGGCGAUCGGACCAUCCAUUGUGUAUCGUGUAGAGACACGUGGAACGAAAUGCGUGGCAUUGUGAUACCCUGAAGACCCGA